CCUUCAAGAAAUGUUUCCUGUUGCAGGCACCUGUGCCCUGCGGCUUGGUGCCGCGCGGCAGUUCAUUCUCAGUUGUGUCUGGCCUUCAGCUCUUCAUGGUCCACAUAGGGAAACAGCUUAUUGGCGAAGUGAGGACCGGUCACCUCCCUCCGACCUCCCUUCGAGCCCUUGAGGCUUGGCUCACUGUGCCAGAGCACCUCGAGUCUGUUUACCCUUUUGUGCAAUGGGCAUGCGUGGGAAAUCCUGCCGUUCGCCUCUCUGGAGGUUUCUCAUCAAAGGAAGUGUGGCAGGCGGCGCAGUCUACCUUGUCUACGACCAGGAGCUGCUGGGGCCCAGUGACAAGAGUGAGGCUGCCCUGCGAAAGGCGGAGGAGGUCGUGCCCCCAGCCAUGUACCAGUUCAGCCAGUAUGUGUGCCAGCAGACGGGUCUGGAGAUGCCAAAGCUCCCAGCCUCUCCAAAGAUUAACCUUCCGAACUUCCGUGACUUCUGGAACUCAGGAAUCAUGUCCGUGAUGUCCGCUCUGUCCGUGGCCCCCACCAAGGCCCGAGAGUACUCCAAGGAAGGCUGGGAGUACGUGAAGGAGCAUGCCAAGUAGCAGAGGCUGCCUGUCCCAGCAGAACUGCCAACAGGACCAGGAGUCACAGAGUCCACCAGACUAGGGACCCCACUCAGCGCAGCUUUCAGGCCCAAUAAAGGAUUUUGGAACUGCU